AUGGGCAAAUUAAGCUUUAAAAAACUACUUACCCUUCUUCUCCUUAUCCAGUUCUUGUGUGUUGUUGCUUCUGCCUCUUCUACUAAAGAGGCAAAUGCUCUCCUAAAAUGGAAAGCUACCUUUGAAAAUCAAACAAAAUCUCGGUUAAGUUCGUGGACUCUGGUUUCUCCUAAUGCCACCAACUCUAAGCCACUCAUCUUGGACCUUGAUGAAAACCAACUGAAUGGCACAAUUCCAUCUGAAAUUAGUCAGUGUCAAUCUCUCAAUGAGCUUGCCUUGUAUAGUAACAGUCUAGACGGUCAAAUUCCUACUUCUCUUGGUAAUCUGAGCAACCUGGUUAGGUUAUAUCUCAACAAUAAUUCGCUUUCAGGUUCUAUUCCUGUAGAAAUGGGAAAUCUAACAAAUUUGAUUGAACUUUACUUGGAUACCAACCAUCUUACAAGCCUCAUUCCUUCCAGUUUUGGAAAUUUUACUAAGCUUAUUGUGUUGCAUGCCUUUGACAAUCAACUUUCUGGUCUCAUUCCUGAAGAAUUAGGAAAUUUGAAGUGUCUUGAACAUCUAAGCCUUUAUUCGAACAAUCUUUUUAGUUCUAUUCCAGCAUCAUUGGGUAGCCUGAUGAAUCUCAACUAUCUUCAUCUCUAUGGAAAUCAGCUUUUUGGUCCCAUUCCUAAAGAGCUUGGAAACUUGAAAUCUCUCACAGAUCUAGAGUUGAGUGUAAACCAAUUAAAUGGUUCACUUCCUCCUUCAUUUGGCAAUUUGAUUAAUUUAGAAAUAUUAUAUCUUCUCCAAAACCAACUUUCUAGAUCUAGUCCUCAAGAAAUAAGAAAUCUCAUGAAAUUAUUACUUCUGCAACUAGACACAAACCAGUUUAUUGGUCCUCCGCCCAACAUUUGCCAAGGUGGUUCACUUGCAUGCUUCAGUGCAAGCAACAAGAAUCUCACAGGUAACAUCCCCAAAGGCUUAAAAAACUGCACAGGCUUGGGAAGUUGUCCAAAUUUAAGUUCCUUACUUGUGGCAAGGAACAAUAUCACUGGAACUAUACCACCAGAGAUUGGAAAUGUAACUCAGCUACAAUCACUUGAUCUUUCUUCCAACAAUUUAGUUGAGAAGAUUCCAAAGACAUUGAGAAAGUUGACUACUCUUAUUAAGGUCAACUUAAGUGACAAUCAACUUUUCGAUGUCAUACCUCCAGAAAUUGGGCUACUGACUAAUCUUGAGUCUUUGGACCUGUUCUCAAAUAGAGUAAGACAGUUAGAUUUGAGUCAUAAUUCUCUCAGAGGAGAGAUACCACCGCGAAUGAGCCAUCUAGAAAGCCUAGAACGACUAAAUCUCUCCUACAAUUCUCCAAAUAGUUUUGAGGAAAUGAGGGGUCUAUUGUAUGUUGACAUAUCCGACAAUCAGUUGAAGGGCCUUAUUCAUGAGAGCAAAGCAUUUCAAGAUGUUGCUAUGUUACAAGGGAACAACGGAUUGUGCGAUAAUGUUCAAGGAUUCCCACCAAGGGACUUGUUUGAGGACAGGUCCAAAGACUCAAGAUUAAUCAGUAGGCCAAUUUCUGGAGGUAUGACAUUGAAAAAUUGA